GGUCUCCGACACCCCACUCACCCGCCGUGCCCAGGGUUCCAACACUCACUCACCCGCCGUGCCCAGGGUUCCAACACUCACUCACCCGCCGUGCCCAGGGUUCCAACACUCACUCACCCGCCGUGCCCAGGGUUCCGACACUCACUCACCCGCCGUGCCCAGGGUUCCGACACUCACUCACCCGCCGUGCCCAGAGUUCCGACAGAAACAAUGGAAACUGUUUACAAUAUACGACUCAACAUUUACAGUCUCCGUUAAGUGUGUAGUGACCAUUACUGUAGUGGAUAAAGUGUGUUAACUCAAGAUACAUCCGUAUAUAAGUACCAACUCACAUACAAUGAACCAAUUAAGUGCUUCAGCCUCCUGUAAGUAAUUUCAGACACACGUAAACGAGAAAAAAAUAAAAUAAUCUUUAAAACGACAAAAUCUAAGUCAUAAAUGAUCGAUUUUCAUUUGAGAAAGAAAAUCUGUUUUUUCUCUUAAUAUAAAUAAACUUCAAGUGAAAAAACUAAACCAUAGAAAUUAUUGUAGACAAGAUUAAAAUUUUUGAGUUUAUAUAAAAAAAUAUCCCCCAAAAUAAUAAUAAUAACAAUAAGUAAAUAAAAUAACUUACAAAAUCAACAAAAAUACUCCCCCAAACAAGUUGAAAACAAAAGAUAAUCAAGAAAAAAAAAACGAACAAAAACAAGCCAUCACGUGUUACCUUAUAGCAAAGUCGAAAACAAAAGAGCAUCAGGAUGUCGGAUAUAAACAAAGCGGAGAACGGGGCGACCAACACAGAGGCGGAGGUGACGAAGGAGGAAGUACCCAAGAAGAACGGCUCGAAGCACAAGAAGGACUGGCUGGCUGUGGGUGGUAUUGGUAUUGAGAAGCGAAGACGAUCAUCCAAUGCUUCAUACAGGAUUGAGAAUAACAAGGUGCUGAUAGAGACAGAAGAUGGAGGGGUGCAGGAGCUGGAGAUAGUCGCUACCAAGGAGAAACUCGGCACUCUGAGGAAAGCUGUCCCUACUCUACCUGUGCCUCUAGCGGUGCUCUGCCUCGUGUUGAACCUAAUUCCUGGCUUAGGGACGCUGGUGUCCGGGUUUGCAGUGUUGUGUGGGUACCCUACACACUACGACACCAAGCGGGAGGGUGUGUGUUGGAACAUAGUGGCCGCGGUGCUCCAAGUCAUUCUCACACCCAUUAUCGUCGGCCUCAUAUGGUCGGUCCAGCGGGGGGUCAUCAUCGUGCAGGAGUCUCUACAAAAGAAGAUUGACGAACGAGACGAGAAGGCUGAAGAAAUCGCGUAGGACCUAACUAUCAACCUGAGGGAUUGGUAGGGAGGGCUGUAGGACACACGGCUUCACAGGAGUUUCAGAAAUCUCAGUAUAAACACAGAUCACACUUAUAAUAACAGGAACAUAACUCACAUUAUAAUACAUCCGCUUCAGUAUCGUCUCAGAUACAUACACUAUAUACAACGCCAAGUCUACAGUACACACCACAAAUACACAGUAUACACACACACACACACACACACACACACAUGCCCAGUGAUUUAGGAACUAAGGAAGUGAGUGAGUACGAAUGAUUCAGCAUUUAGAUGGUGAGCCCAGAAUGAAAUCUUUAUAUUAGGUGAACAUCUAUUUACACAGUAUUUUAAAGAGAUAAAUUACUGAUGCGUAACAGAGAGUAUUAAUAAGAGUCAUAAUUCUUUGUAUGUUAGAGCAGUUUUUGUAUAUAACAUUUGUAUGUCUCGUAUAUAUAACUGUUUGUAUAUAGCUGUUUAUAAAGUCCCUUGACGUUUGUGUUUAAAGAUUCUGUUGACAAAGUUACAUACCCAAAACAUCGGUACUUCAUCAAUUUCUGUAGAAAAUAUUUACUUCACUAUGACAUAUUUCUCCUGUAAGUCUAAGUUACAGCGUACAUGGUAAAGAAUACAAAAAACUGUCGAAAACAAAGGGGUCCUGAUACUUUGGGAGUGUAAAGUCCUCAGGAGCCUGUAAACAUAUACACCAAGGGACUUUAUAAACACCUCGUAGACCCAACAGUACAGACGCCGCCUGUGUGCAGCGACGUGAUGCAAGUAAUUAAUUACCUUAUUUUAAUAUUUAUCUAUUCUAUUCCGGUUACACGAUUCAGGUGUUUUUAAUUAAACCCAUUGUAGUUACUUAAAAUGGAUCUGUGUGUGUGUGUGUGUGUGUCUUCGUAUGUUUUACAAAGGUAAACUUAUCUCAUUGUUCUAGUUAGUUAUGAAAUCAUUUGUUCGUCUGUUCAGUCGUAUCAAUAUUCUCACAUCUUUUUCCAAAUAUAUUUCACCAAGUUGUCUAAGUAUUACGUCCAUGUUUUUUUUUAUUUGUAUUUCGUAGAUACAGAAAUUUAAAAUCUAUUUUUUUAUCAAGUUAAAUAAGAUCUCUCGGCUUGUCCUUCUGUGGGUAGCUAACGUAGGCUGCACUUUUUAACAACUCUUAAUGUUAUAACUUCAUCUCGUAAGUAUAAGUAACUUCAACCACGUCUUUACUUUUAAAUAACUACAGUAUAUUGUUCCUUAAUAUAAGUUCUUAUCGUUUUCAAACUUUAUCUUUUUCACGAAAUUAGAAAUUACUGAUUGUAUUGGUGUCUUUCUCCUCCCACGUGUCUCUUCUGACAAUAAUAACCACAGCGUUGAACUUGUGAUGAAAAACUCUCUUUAUAUGUAUAUAUCUAAAUGACUGAAGGAUUGGAACCGCCUCGAGACGAACAAUGUAGGGGAGUUUAUCACGAACACGAUGGCUUAACCAUUUAAUUUUCAGACAAAUUAAUUCUAACCUAAUCAAAUCAAUUAAGCUUAGCCUAACGAAACAACCAAACCUAUAUAGGCUUAACCUAACCUAACCAAAUUAGAUACAAUCAUAGAAAACAUAAAACGUGACUUAUCCUAAUGUACUUUUAGGUCAGGUUCGACUAGCUUGAGUUGUUAGGGUAGAUUAGGUUAAGUUGUUAGGUUAGGUUAAGUUAUUAGUUUACAAAAUUAGACUAGAUAAAGUGCAUCUGAAAAUUUAUAACCAGUUUAGUGGACUUCCUCGGGGCUCUUCCUUAGUGAACACAGCAAUAAUGGUGUCUUAUGCAGAGGAACUUAUCAAACAGUCAUUAUACAAAAUUUCAGUCAGUCGUAAACCUCUCUACUUAUCCAAUAAUGUGUAUGUUUGAAAUCCAUUUUAGGAAUGUUCUUAAGACUUCUUAUAAUACAUUUUUAAUUUCGUUUGAUAUAAUUAUUUGUUCUUGUAAUAAUAUGCUUUAUAUGUGAACGAAUAAAAGCACAAAAUAAAUUGUGUACUCUUAA